AUGAACACGAACGUUUAGAAUACCUUUCGUCACUGUCAAAACGCUACGCAGAUAUUAUUUUUGGAAUUCCGCAAGAUUUUAGUUCAUCAUCAAAACAAUCGUUUACUUAUGCGAUAACACUUCUUUUGAAUAAUGCAUCGAAUGAGUAUCGUCAAGAUUUAAAGAAACGUUUAUUUGCGUUAGAUGAUCAACAACCGCAACAAAACGAUAUUAUGCAUAUUUAUUUUUCAAGAAAAUCAUUUCUCUACUAUCUACCUUUAUUACUUAUUUACAUUGUUGUCUUUCUUUAUAUUUAUUAUUCUGUCAGUCAAUUUGAAUGUGUUAAAUCGAAAUGGGGUUUGGCAUUAGCAGCAACUGUACAAAUUGUUGUUUCUCUAUUGAUUUCCUUAGCAUUAUCCUCAUUGUUUUAUAUGAC